CACCGACUUUCCUCUUCCCUACCUACCUUACGCAGACAAACCCAUUCUGCUCUCUCAUCUUAUAUCUCUCCCUCUUGUUUAUUCUUGCUCCCUCUGUUCUAUAUCUGCAGGAGUGGCAUCGCUACUCGCUGCUCUCCGCUCUCUGCCAAAAUGUUGCUCAGUCGCGGCGGCAUCACGCUGGCCGUGUGGAUCGCUGUCUUUACCGUCCUCACCUCGAUAGUCAUCGGCUUGCGGCUCUGGGCCAUUCGACUCACCAAGAGGGCCUUUCGCCCCGAUGAUUAUAUGGUGUUUUUCGCAUAUAUCUCUACGCUCACGUUGGCGGGUGCUACAUGGUGGGCGAUCGCGAAUGGUCUGGGUGCGCACACAUCAGAGCUGAGUAACUAUGAGCUCGGAGUGCAAUUCAAGCUCAUCGUGGUAUCCGGCGUUACUUGGUUGCUCGGCACCGUCUUCUGCAAGCUGUCCGUCCUCUGGUUGUACACAACCCUCUUCACAACCCAAAAAUUCAAGUACGCAGCAUGGGCCUUGAUGGCCGUUGUCGGAGGCUACGGAAUCGCCUUCCUCUGCGUCUUCCUCACCAACUGCCAACCCAUCUCUCAGGAAUGGCACCCCGUUCCCGGCGGGCAUUGUAGGGACCUGAAGAUCGAGGAGCUGGCUUCGAUUUCCUUGAACAUGGUUAUGGAUACCCUGAUUGCGCUCCUACCGAUGCCGUGGCUGUGGCAGCUUCGGAUGUCAGCCAGGAACAAGAUCACCAUCACCGUCAUGUUUGGCAUGGGUCUCUUGGUUGUCGGCAUCAUGGCAUGGCGACUCCAAAUCACCACCAAAUCAGCCACCAACGCCGACUUCGUCUACGGACUUCGAGAUGUCGGGCUCGUGAGUUUCCUCGAACUAUGGCUCAGUAUGAUCGUCAUCUGCAUCCCCACGCUCGCGCCUCUCUUUGCGAGAUACGUCCGCCCGGUAGUAACACGGGCGACGGGAGCAUCGAAGCGGACGGGGGAAAAGCGUCUCCGCGAAGCCCAGCAGACCAUCGGCGGGGGCUCCACGAAACGGGCCUACCACUGGAAGACUUACGGCAAGCUCGACGCCGACAGCUACCUCGAGCUCGAAGAAGGAAACCUCUAUACCACGGCCGAGGCCGUCAGCCGGCAGGGAUCUGCGAGCGACAGCGCGAAAUCGUGGAUACAGAAGCCGAAUGCUAUUGGCGUUACGCAUCAGAUCCACGUUUUUGAGAGCGAAACGCCGCUGACGCAUCCAUGAUAGUAAAGUAAUGGAUUUAUGAAUGAACUGGAUACGAGAUUUUAUUUUUGGAGCUUUCUUCUUUGAGCGGUUGGUUGGUUAAGGUAGAUUGCAAUAAUACCAUGUAUUUAUACGUGCGUCCUUUUAUGGGCUAGCUGCGUUAAGGACUUGUCUUGUCUUACAGAUGGAUGGAUUUCUUUGGUCGGGGAAUAUGAUAUACAUUAUCUACGGAGUAUAUAAUCUGAGGCAAUGGGUUUGUUUAAACAGCAUUUGAGAUAUACGAAUUAUGAUGAGCGAGU